AUGGAGUCUGAGUUGACAUUAGAUAUUGGCUGUAUUUGUCAUAAGGUACGUUCCAAAGAUUUAUUGGUUCUGAUUGGUGGGGAAAUGAAUCUUGAAGAACCUUUGCCUCCCGGUUGGGAAAUGCGACUAGAUACACGGACAGGAAGAUGGUAUUUUGUGGAUCAUAACACUAGGUCUACUCAGUGGGAACAUCCUGUGACAAAUAAGGAAUACUCACCCCAACCAAAUGGAACUAAUGUACAAAAUUCGGAGCAGCAAGUAAAUAAUCCACACAUUUCUAACUGUGAAAGUAUAAUCGCAGAUGUAAUGUCAAAGGCACGUGCACUGCGGCCUGAAAUUGAUCGUUUUGAAGGUACAUCUCAGAGUAAGGAGUACAAAUGUCUCAUGGAAAAUAUGGAACAGUUAAUAUUGAAUCUAGAUGCUGUUAAUACUAAUGGAAAUGAAGACUUCAGAAAUGUUGGACUAUCGUUCUCAGAUUUCCAGUCAAAAUGGUCAGCAGUUGUAAAUGGGCACUUCAUUUUGCAUUCUGAUCUUUUAUAUUCUCUCCGUUCAUAUAUUCGACAACGGAGAUGUUGAUGCGCACGCCUAAAUGUACAAAAAUGUGUGCAACUCCAGUUGAAGUGAUACACAUACUUGUGCAUGUAUAUAUUUAUUAUCGCAUGCUUUCUCUUUACUUGUUAUGCUUAAUGCAUGAUUCUUGAUGGUCAUGGGAUGUUGCUAUUUUUUAGUGAGUUUUGUACCCAGAUCUUCUGUUGUUUGUAAUCAUUACUACUAUUACUUCGAAUAUGCCGAUAUACAUUUAGGAACUAUAACAUACCUUUUAUUUCCAACAUUUAAUUGACGAAAUUGGGACACAUUUCUAAUGAUUACAUGUGUGCUGACUAAAUUUGAACUCGUUCUAUUGUUUGUUUGCGGUUUUGUUGUUUCUUGUUCUUCUGCUGCAUUUCCCUCCCCUUAGAUUCUCAUACUUCACAAACUUGGGACUUCCAAAUAAUUUCAUUUACCUUGUUUGUUAUUACUUUACAUUCUUGUAUGGCAGUCUGUUGUGUCUUUCAUUCUUUGGGACAGUAAACUACUUUUUAAGAAAAAAUGGGGAGGGAUGAGUCUCAAGGUCAUUUCUUCCUUCUUAAGAGCUGUAUUAAUGUACAUUUUUCUAUGCAUAAUUGUUUUGCACUGUUGUAAAAUUACUGCCGUGAUAUGCUUCUCAGUGCUUCAAUGUAUGUGUGAAUAAAAUUAUCCUUUUGGGAUGUAUGGUUGUAUAAUCAUCUUUUUUUAAUGAAUGAGUUUUUGUGUCGAAUGCUUAUUUUAUGUUUAGUUUUAAUUAGGUUUCCGAGUUAAUUCAUCGACUGCUAACCACCACUGUUUUGCUGACGGUGUAGUAUAACUUCUCUACCUACUGCUUUUACGCGUGUAAUAUUCAUCUUAUUUCCUCCCUUCUAACAAGCUAUCCCCUCUUUUGGAUUCGCAUAAAUUAUUUCGAGAAGUUUGUUCUAUGUGAUUCAUUCAGUUCUCUUUUCCUUCCUACAAAAAGUCUAUUCAAAUGAUAAAACACUAUGUAUGGUUUCGUCGUAUAGAUGCCUUCAAAUUGAUUCAGUCAGUUAGUGUGUAUUAACUCAUAUGGUUGUGUAAUCGACAUAGUGGGUGAAUUUGGUUUUCUGCUGGGGUGGUGACAUCCAUCACUCAUAUGAAUUCAUUGGUAUCAUGCAAUAGUGUGGACAUUUUUCUAAUUGUGACCUUCACAUAUUUCUGGGUUGGGGAAGGGUAGAGGUUAUUCUAUAUACAUAAAGAGUUAGUCAAGAAAUCAGUUUGUUAUUGAUUGUGACUUAUCUUUCCUCUUCCUGUU